GUGACAAUGUCUCUAUCCUCGACGUCGACGAUCAAGCAACAAAUUAGCUCCCACCUCGGUCCCAAAGCACCCGCCUACUUUGAACCUCUCGCUUCUUUUGUUACAGGUAAAAUAUCUCGACCAGAAUUUGAAGACGCUCUCAAGGCCGUGCUCGAUGCUCCCAACCUCAUUCAACUACACAAUGCACUCAUAAUAUCCCUUUUCGAUGCUCGCAGUUUCAAGCGACCUGUAACGCCUCCACCGGACCUGCCCAAGCCCCCACCACGGAAGAGGAGGAGAACACUACCAUACCAAGGUCCCGGCGAUGAUGGAAGCAUACGCUCGGAGCGGCUCAAACGAUGGUCGAUUUCCGUCGGCAAACAUGAACGCGACCGGAUAGCUGCUCUAGAAUCAUUGCCACCGUCGGCAGGUCCUCGACCGGAUACCGAUGAGAUUGCACGCGAGAGAGGCGUCGUGUUGUUACCGGAACGCGGUGAACCACCGGGGAGCAGGCUCGCCGUCCAACUGGCAACGAUAACACGUUCGCCCAAUGUCCAGCAUAUUGCGGACCGGAUUAACCUCAUUUGCGCACAGAACAACCUAGGCUCGCCGUCCCGCUCUGUGUCAUCGCUUAUGCAUCUCGCCUGCGAAGUCAAGCUAAAGCAACUCAUCACCCACGCCCUCACUCUCACCGACAAAUCUCUUGCCAUCUCUUCUAUAUCCACCGCCUCUGCUCCCGCCUCUUCCAUCCACCGUUCCCAAAAGCAAAAGGUCCUUUCGACAUCCGCCUUCGACACCCUUUUCGCUAUGGCACCGGCCGUGCUGCCAAAUGGUAGCGCGGCAGCUAUGCAUCUCGCUGUCGGCGACAGAGAGGAUGACGAGGAGGAUAUUGCAUUGUUGAAAAAGUCCGAUGUCAAGGAUCCUAGGUGGCAGAUUGUAGCGCUACUGGGACAGAGGAGUACAGUGAAAGAGAUGUUAAGGAAUGGGAGAUGACUGGAUUUAUAUAUCUUAUUCAAUUUCUCUGCUGUAUAACCGUCAUAAUUACAAUAAUUAAGGUCGGU